AUGUCCGACUACGACAACUACAGCACGCCAUUGUCUUCUAGAUAUGCCUCAAAAGAAAUGUCAGCCACUUUUUCUUUGAGAAACAGAUUUUCUACAUGGAGAAAACUAUGGUUAAAUUUGGCUAUCGCUGAGAAGGAAUUGGGCUUAACUGUCGUUACUGAUGAAGCUAUUGAGGAAAUGCGCAAACACGUCGAAAUCACUGAUGAUGAAAUUGCAAAGGCCUCUGCUCAAGAAGCCAUUGUAAGACAUGACGUUAUGGCUCAUGUCCAUACAUUUGGUGAAACCUGUCCAGCUGCAGCAGGUAUCAUCCACUUAGGCGCUACUUCCUGUUUCGUUACAGACAAUGCUGAUCUAAUCUUCAUUAGAGAUGCUUACGAUAUCAUUAUUCCUAAACUUGUUAAUGUCAUUAACAGAUUGGCUAAAUUUGCCAUGGAAUACAAGGAUUUGCCCGUGUUAGGUUGGACUCAUUUUCAACCAGCACAAUUAACAACUUUGGGUAAGAGAGCUACCCUAUGGAUACAAGAGCUAUUGUGGGAUUUAAGAAACUUUGAAAGAGCUAGAAAUGAUAUUGGACUACGUGGUGUUAAGGGUACUACUGGUACCCAGGCAUCAUUUUUGGCAUUAUUCCAUGGUAACCAUGAUAAAGUUGAAGCGCUUGACGAAAGAGUUACUGAAUUAUUGGGUUUCGAUAAGGUAUAUCCAGUCACCGGUCAAACUUACUCAAGAAAGAUCGACAUUGACGUGCUAGCUCCUUUAUCUUCUUUUGCUGCUACUGCACACAAAAUGGCUACUGACAUAAGAUUAUUGGCCAACUUGAAAGAGGUUGAAGAACCAUUCGAGAAAUCACAAAUUGGGUCCUCUGCUAUGGCCUAUAAGAGAAACCCAAUGCGUUGUGAGAGAGUCUGCUCCUUAGCUAGACACUUGGGUUCUUUAUUCAGUGACGCGGUUCAAACUGCAUCCGUCCAAUGGUUCGAAAGAACUCUGGAUGAUUCUGCUAUUAGAAGAAUUUCUUUACCAAGCGCAUUUUUGACGGCUGAUAUUCUAUUAUCCACCUUGUUGAAUAUCUCAUCUGGUUUAGUUGUGUAUCCAAAGGUUAUAGAAAGGAGAAUUAAGGGCGAGCUACCUUUCAUGGCCACUGAAAAUAUCAUUAUGGCCAUGGUAGAAAAGAAUGCUUCCAGACAAGAAGUGCACGAGCGUAUUAGAGUACUUUCUCAUCAAGCCGCAGCAGUAGUAAAGGAAGAAGGUGGGGAAAAUGACUUAAUUGAGCGCGUAAAGAAGGAUGAAUUUUUCAAGCCUAUCUGGGAAGAAUUAGAUUCUUUACUAGAACCAUCCACUUUUGUUGGUAGAGCCCCACAACAAGUUGAAAAAUUUGUCCAAAAAGACGUUAACAAUGCUCUGGAACCUUUCCAAAAGUAUCUAAACGACGAACAAGUUAAGUUAAAUGUUUAA